UUACUAUUUUUGUAUAGUAGGUGUAACUUUUUUGCUUCUUUUCUUUUUUUACCUCCUCUUUACAUUUUAUAGGAAUAUUUUUAACAGACUUUUAGAUAUUUUUCUUUUUCAAGAAAUUCAUACCCAUAUUUAUGAAAAGAGUAACGGUUUUAUGCUUUUGUUUGUUAUUAUUGUUGUUGUUAUUCAACAUCUCUAAGCAAGUUGUAAAUAAGCAGUCAGCGUUCUCAAAUGAAUGAUGCAGUCGUUUCGCUGUCCAAGGUGCUGAAUCAAUAUCUGUUGCCUUCGUUUCAUCUUUCUUCUCAGCAAGCAUGUGCUCUGGCAUACCAAAUGCUAUUUAAUAAUAAUAUGCUGAUGUCCUGUAGUGUAAAAUUUGUAUUGUUGAAUUCGCAUUGCUUUUGCCUGGCAAUAGAUAAUUUUGUCCGUUUGAUUAAAUACUGGACUUUUUAAUCAUUCUCAAACUAACACGUUGUGAUUGUUGAACAGAUUUUGUUACAGUUACAUAUAUUGACAAAUUUAGAUUUUUUUUUCAUUAUAAAACAAAUAGAAAUUCAGGUUUUAAUUUUGUGUUUUUAUUAUUCUAUCUCGCUGCGUAUAUAUCUUUUGAGUAUCUGCAUUUUAUAUAUAAAUUAGGUGUAUUUCUGCAGUAGCUCAAAUUGGUCUCAGAGUGCCGCUAUUUGUUAGGGAGAUGCGACUGAGUGCGCAUUAUUCCAGUAAUACCGCCCUCUCAAACUACGUUUAAGGAGGAGGAGGCUGAGGAGCCUGCAUAAUGCACAUGCGGGGACAUAACACAGAAGACGUCGACGCUAUAAUAUAAUCACCUAUGGAUCCAUGUUUAGACGUUGUCUUAGAAAUUAUCCAAUAGAUUUAGAUUUAUUCCUUUUGGAAUCUGGAGAUACUGAGACUCUGAACUGGAUACACCGUGACUUCGUUUAUUUGCACUUAAGAAAAAUGUCGGAGAGAACAAUGGCGCGGCAAGUACUGCUGUUUAUUUGGUUUGUCUCUCUCAGUUCGGCUCUCGGGCAGGUCAGUUACUCCAUUCCUGAGGAAAUGGCCAAAGGCUCUUUAGUCGGGAACAUAGCGCAGGAUUUGGGUUUAGAUUUAAGGAGACUGAAAUCGGGUAAAGCGCGUAUUUAUACAGGAGACAGCUCUGAAUACAUCGAGCUGAAUAAAGAAAGAGGAGUCCUCCUUAUCAAAGAGAGAAUAGAUCGAGAGGCGCUAUGCGGACAGACAACGCCUUGCGCGCUACAUUUACAGAUUAUUCUCGACAAUCCUAUGGAACUGUUUAGGGUAACUGUCGAAAUUACAGACAUAAAUGACAAUUCUCCUGUUUUUAAAAGAGAUGAGAGACGAUUUGAGAUAAGCGAAUCAGCAAUUGUAGGAUCAAAAUUCAUGCUGGAGAAAGCGAUGGAUGCAGACAUUGGUGCAAAUGACCUACAAAGCUAUUUUCUACAACCUACUGAUCAUUUUAAUUUAAAACUUCAUGGUCAGAGUGAUGGGAGUAAAAAGGUGGAAAUGAUUCUACAAAAGCCUUUAGACAGAGAAAAACAAGAAAACAUGUCUCUGAUAUUAACUGCAAUGGAUGGCGGAGAACCUCCGAAAUCAGGAACUGUUCAGAUUCAUGUCACAGUGCUUGAUAUAAACGAUAAUGCUCCAGUUUUUACUAAGCCUAUAUAUAAAGCGAUAAUUACAGAAAACUCCCAGAGUGGCACGCCACUCAUCACUGUUAGUGCUUCUGAUUCAGAUAAAGGGACAAAUGGAGAUGUCAGUUAUUUAAUUGCAAACAGUGACGGUGUAUCUGACAUUUUUCAUAUUGAUGAAAAUGGAUUGGUGACGUUAGUCGGAAAAAUUGACUUUGAAACAUCUAAACAUUACCAAAUUGAUAUAGAAGCAGUAGAUAAUGGCGGACUGUCUGAUUCUACACUCAAAAAAAUGACUCUUUGGCUGAACAUGAUUCUUUCAUGGACAGUGGUUCCACAUGUUUGUACCAUGUUAUUUGGACAAGAAUAAAUCAAGUUAUAAGGACAUGUCUACUUUUAGUUGAGUUUACUCAGUUUGCUUUAGUUCAUCCUUCAUGAAAUAUCUGAGUAGAGAUAAUAUGUUUACAUCAUGUAGAACCAUUGUCCAUGCAAGUUUAGCCAAAGAGUUAUAAAAACAUUAGCAAGUAAGAUAUAACUUUUCUUUACACAUGAUGUUAGCUGUUUGCAGUUUAAGGAUGUUACUAUGUGUACAUCAUACACUAGCACUCUCAUUAAAGUUGCUUUUUUAAAAUUAAGUAUUUUAGACUUUCUUUUAACCAGGUCCUCAACCCAACCACAAGCUCCACACUUCACCACAAUGGUAACUCGCACCAAAUACACCAAUAUAAAGUCUUUUAAAAUGGCAACAUAAUAGAGCAUUAGACAUGAAAAAGUCUCCUUAUUAUCACAUUUUACUAAAAACUGCAUAAAAUAACACUUUAUUUCAACAUUUUCUCUCCCCAUAUCCAGUCCUGUGCAAAGCAUGAUGGGAAGCGUAAAACUUAUUUUGAAGUACUUGAUUGAAACAUGUUCUUUCAAAAUGAAAACUUUAUGUUAAACCAACGAGUGACAGUUUUAAGUCAGUUUAACAUGACACAAUCAUGUUGAAAUGAAAAAUAGCCAAAAUGGCAUUAAUUCAACAUGAA